AAGUAAAAAUGUGUUUGGAACCCUAAAUAUAGCUGUUUGGGAGUAGGCCUAAUGCAAAUAUGAAUAAACAUUGUUAUCCAGAUUGGGACAUUUUAUCAGCCCCCUCCACGUACCCCACCCCCGCAAAUAUGGAAGCCAGUAUACCUAUGACUAGGAUUAUCAUAAGAUUCUUGGAUUUCAGAUGGUGAAGAGCGGAUACUUCUCUCACAGUGUUUAAUAGAGCUCUUUAGAUACCUCAUUGCUCAAUUUCCAAGCGCCACCCCCUCCCCCUACGCAAACUUAAUCAUAAUGUUAUGCGCCUACGGACCCUACGCAAUGGACAUAAUAUUAUGUGGAAUGUUAUUAGUUAUAUUUGUUAGGGCUCGUAAUAUUCUUUUGUUUUUUUCUCUCACUUUUUUUUUUCUCAAUCGUUCCGUUAUAUGAAAUAAUAACACUGAUCGCUGUCAAGAAUGCCUGAUCAGCUUUCUUUGGCCAUUCCAAAGCAGCUUGCGUAGCGUAGCUCUGACGUCACACUGUUAUUUGUGAAACUGUUAUUCACGGAAGUCGACGCGCGCUGACUCACUGGCUGUGACGAAUUGAUGAAAACCUUACGUAUCUUCUUUGGAACAAACCAUUUUUCAUAGGAGGUAGCCGAGAAUGUUUGCUAUUUCUAACAGUACAUACAUUAUAUACACUGUGCUGAGCAAUGACAUCUCUCAGCUAGGUUUCAACUUUGUGAAACGGUUGUUUUUAAAAUAACAUUUUGUGCGUGACGAGUUGUAGAGCGCUUGUUUCGUCGUGAUGCACUCGGAGGGUCAAUACGUUCGUAAUCAUAUCAGCUACGUCAGUCAGGCUAACUCAUUUACGACUGACGUCAUUGCUAUCCCACGACAUGUCUCAAGCUGCGACAAGUAAAUGUGAACAAAAAAUGGAGUCACGGCAAAAAUCUGGGUCAUUUAGCAGUAGAUCGUCCGAAGAUUUUUCCGAAACCAGUUUCGAUGGCGAGAAUGACGUUUUGGUUGGGUCUGCGACUCACCAUCUUGUCCUGUUUUCGAUGACCAAGGGACACACCAUGUCCUCGCUGACGCGUAUGCCCCCGGCUCAGCUGGCAGAGAUUCUUCGUGAAUUCUACGGAAAAGUCAGAGCCAAACUUGACGAUAACUCACCCGGUUUACGCGAAAUACGCGCCGGUCUUCACAAAUAUUUCCUGAAAGAAGCAGGAUUCGAUAUUAUUAAGGAUCGAACGUUCCUUAGUGCCAAUGCCAGUUACGAAAUGGCAGUCAGAAUGGGACCCAGGAAAUGCCAUCGUCUUAGAAUCGAAAUGGAUGACUUGCAACAACUUUAUUUGAGUGACGCAAUGAAUGUAAACAACCCAGAGUGCUUACAGAAUAAGGUGUUUUUCGAUAUAAAUCUGUACAUUCUGAACAGGGGUAAAGAAUGUUUGCGUGUCAUGACCAAAACGGAUUUUGAAAUCACCACAGAUGAGUCUGGAACCAAGUUUGUUUGGCUCAAGUAUGACCCGAAAUUUAACUUACACGAAAAAGGAGGCUAUGGUGAUGUCAAAGGAAAACAACUUGGAGAGAAAAUGUUUGAACGACCAGGUGAUCCCAGGUGUCCUGUUUUAUCAUUUCUAAAGUACUUGACUCAUCUUCACCCAAUGACCGAUGCCUUUUGGCAGAGACCAAAGAGAAACGUCAGUGAUGCAGACUAUGUCUGGUAUGACAACACAUCCCUCGGUAAUUCAACACUUAGCAAAAUAAUGCAGAGGAUGUGCAUCCAUGCUGGGCUGAAAGAGAACUAUACGAAUCACUCAAUUCGAUCUUCUUACAUUCCAUUAAUCGAGACGAUCUGUCAGGACAUUUUGAACGCGGGGAAGUCAUCAACUAUGCCGCCUCCUUUAGUGAUGACUCAAGCCAACUCGGUGGCUGACGAUGAUGGGUCAUCUAAUGAAACAGAAUCACGUGACGGUGACCACGAAGAAGAAACGGGUGAUGACCGAUCUGUUGGUUUACAGGCAGCAAAACUCAAAGUACUUCAGCUUUUACGAAGCCUUCUGGUUAAAGAUAUUCAGAAGUUUGCAGACUGGCUCAAAACAGUUCGCGUGGAACAUCGCUCGGGAGAGCUGAUUGUCCUGUGCAGUCCGGUGGACCAGACUUCUGUUGACCUGACAGAUGAACAUGGAUCAUCUGAUAAAGCAGAUCACUCUUUAUCAACGAAGAAUGUUUGUAGUCUGGCUGGAAUGCGAGACAAAAUCCGACAGAAUGGGAAAAGUGGAAGCUUUUCGUCAUCCACAUCAUCUGGCUCAUGUUCGAGCAUGGAUAUUGGCGGAAACAACUUUUUGAUUGAGAAACAAGAUUCUGUGUCCUUUAAGCCGGGCAUUUUGGUGAAGAAGGUCGAAUUUGAUACAGUUGCGGGUACCUCAUGCUCAACGAGCGACUCGUCUCCAUUCAAGGUCACCAUUCCAUCGCAGGACACUAUUCUCGUGACAGGCAUCAGUGACAGAACGCAAGUGCUACUACACAACAGACUGGGUCAUACAUCGGAAAAAGAUUCACUCUCUAAUCGCAUAUUUUGUUCGGAAAAUGAAGUGGGUGUUGUUGCCAUGUUAGGUUCCUGUGAUAACUUGAAAAGCAGAUGCGAGAAAGACUUGGCAACAACCCAGCAGCAGAUGCCCGUGCAGCAAACGCAAAUCCAGGCUAAACAUGCCAUACACAAGACUACUGUAAUGCAAAAAAUAGGUGCAAAAUACGACACAUGCAUCAAGCUGGAUGUUGGGGCCCAGAAAGUGCCUCAAGUCAGUGAAAAGAAGAUGGGUCAUUCAACCAUAAAACUGAGCCCCUGUUUAAAAAGACAGGCUAGAGUUGAAGGUGCAGACAAUCACACUGACAUUCCACUGCCGAAGCGGUUUUGCAAGAGCAACAGUGACGUAACGACAGGGUUUGGAAGCAGUCGUAUUCAGUCCGUGCCCACAGGCUCACUGGAUACACCAAACUACACACGUUCUUUUGAUUUCAAUGAUGAGUCUAUAAUGUCAUCGCCAUUGAUGAAAAAAAAGAGAGUCACAUUUGGCAAUGAUGCACAUAACAUGACUGUGAAAAGAGAAUCUGUGUUGUGACUAAUGUGAAUGAGCAUGACCACUAUAAAUUUAAUUCAUCCUUUCACUUAUCUUGUUUACUGUAAUCCACAUAAAUCAGACAAUCACUAUGAUCUCUAUUUAUUGAGGAAAUGAAUACCUAUUUCCAUAUUGUUGAAUAUUUUUAGCGACAGCUACAAAUGUAUAUAAAUACAGGUUGCCAAUGACAGAUUCAGGAUACCCACUGGGUGCCCUCACCCCACUCUGUUUGGUUUAAACAAAUAUUGCAGUAGAUUCACAAACUAUUUGCUGUUGAGCUAAUCAUGAUAAAAAUAAUAAUAAAAAGCCUCAAAGUAAAAAAACAAACUUGUAAAAAGGGUCCCCUUUCAAACCAACUUCAAUGUGGCAACUGCUUUUCAAAUUUUCUGGAUCUGCCCCUGGUUACUGGUAUUUCAUGCAUGGCUGUGAAUGCCAGUUCCUAUCUGGUAUGGUAGUAGAAAGUUUAGGGUCAGUGUAAAUUACACUGUAAUGAAGUGACAGAUUACAGUGAUUAUGUUUAUUAAAUCAGCUGAGUAAAGUAGUAUGAUAGACACAUGUAGUAGAGAGCUUAUUUCUUGCACGAAUCUUUUUAUUUUAAAGACUGUCAAUGCUGUCAUUGUAAGAUGUUUCCAAGUAAUAGCCUUUUUAAUGACUAACAUUAGAUUUAAAUUAAUACAUUUUGUUUCUUGAACUAUCAGUGUCUGUCUGUUUAAUGUGCUUUUGAUUGGCCUAGUGUUUAUAGCAGCUCAAACUUCAUUUUAUUUCUUAAUAUACACAUUUGAAAUUAUUGGAAGGGAAAAUACAGUUUGGGCUACUACAAACAUUGAGACAACCAGCAACAUAUUCAAUAUAAUUGUACAAACACUGAUAUUUUAAACAAGGAAAUGCAUUUACUGUAAUAUGUAAUUUAGUAAUAGAAAAGGCUCUGUUAGUUGGAACCAUGCUACAGUGACAGCAAACUCAGGGCAAUCUUUUUAAUCAAGGAAUUAACAGAUAUGUCAAGUAGUAGUAGUUGUAGAGAACAUACAUCCAGUUGCGAAUGUGUUCAGUGGAUUGAACAAAACUUGAUGUAAUAAUAAUACAAACCAUCUGGCCAUCUGCUAUUACGGUGAUAUGGAUGAUAGGAAACUAAGAUGUUUUAGGCUGGUUUUAUCAUAUUUUCUUUCACAUUUGUGUUGCAUACAUGUACAUUUGUAUAUGCAAAUCUUCACUGAUAUUUUGAAUUUUGAAUUUUAAAGGUGCAUGUUCAUCUGUUGCAGAAAUUACAUAGACACCUCAAGACUGUGACAGUUAAAACAUUUAUUAAUCUUCUCAUCAUAAAUAGUGCCAUUUAAUAUUUGAUAAUUAACAUACAGCAGAAAGCACAAUAUUGAUACAAUUCCACUUGCAAGGUUUGACUGUUUACAAUGUAGUGCAUGCUGUUAAUUGAAAACACAACACUGUUUUGGGAUCCUACAAGCAUUAGAAUGACAUCUGGCUCUGUUGUUAUAAAACUUUAAGUCUAGUCUCAAGUCCUUUAAUAAUACAGUUUUGCCUGUGCAAAUAGAUUUUAGUUAAGUCUUGAGUGUAGACAUUAAACGUUUACUAGCAUAUGCUCCUGUGCAUAUAAAUUAAUAUUACAAGUAAUCCAACACAAAAUAAAGUGUAAACAUUUAGAUUCUAUAACAGUUUCUGUACAAUGUUGAAGAGAGGAAGAUCCACCUUUAAUAUGUAUUAUGUAUAUAAUUAUAGAUUUUGUAACAUCAGCCUCAAUGGUGUAGCAGUUACGUCAUUAGGUUUGAAGCUGGUAGGUGCUGCCUUCAAAUCCCAGUACCAGCUCCAACCCUCAGCUCAGUGACUAAGUGUCAUGCACUGACUAGUCACCAGCCUCUGUUGGUAUCCAGGACAGCAUUCUUGAAUGUUCAUAAACUGAUAUACCAGUAAACACAAUAAUACAUUUUAAGAAAACUUUAUGAAGUGUCAUAUUGUGUUUGCUUAGCCAUCAAAGUUGGUUGAAAUUGUUAAAUUACUUUCAACUUUUCAUUUGUGAUUGUUUUUCUUUGGACCAAGAAGUUUAAUGUGUCAAGUGAAUGUGAUAUUUUUUCUACACAAAACUUCUAUUGUUAUACCCUCAGCAUACAUGUGAAUUUCGAAAAUGUAAUUGUAUAAAUAUUACAGUGAAACCUAUCUUAUAAAAAACCCCAACCAGGACUCUACAUAAUGUUUGCUGGUGGCCUUUAUAUACAGGUUACAUCUUUACAAUGUCAUCACAUAUUUGUAUGUUAAAGGGACUUUUUCUUACACACCUAUUCAGGAUAACACUAUUGGAGACUUGUGCUAUCAGAUGACUAUAUCCAACACAAUAGCUAUGUUAGAGAUCAAUUUAAAGAAAUCAGAAUGACUGCUCCGUGGUGAAAAUCUACAUGUCAAACUAACCUAAAACCGUCUACCAAUAAUGUACAAGUUAGAUGUACAAUAAUUGUACAGGAGUAUUCAGCAUAAAUAAAGAAAAGAUGUUUUAUUUUAAAA